AUGGCCCCUACUGCAAUUGCUGACCUGGUCAAUCACGACCACAACGCAGAUUCGAGGGAGCAUCCGGAUGUUUUGAAGGCCGUCGAUCCGCGUUUUGCGAUCAAGGAACAUCCCAUCGAUGAGUAUGAACCUAUCCGAGCUAUAGUUGUCGGAGGCGGCAUAAGUGGAAUUAUCGCUAGCAUAUUGCUGCCGGCGAAAGUCCCCAAUCUAGACCUGGUCGUCUACGAAAGAAACUCAGAUAUUGGAGGUGUUUGGCACACCAAUAUUUACCCAGGCGUGCGAUGCGAUGUUCCGGCCCACGCUUACCAGGCAACAUUCGCCCCCUCAACGACAUGGACCGAGGCGUACGCGACUGGGCCUGAGAUAUUUGCCUACUGGAAACGAAUCGCAGAUCAGUAUGAGGUGGGCAAGUACAUCCGUACCAGCCAUACCGUGACCUCAGCAGAAUGGUCCGAAGAGAAGGCGAAGUGGAUUGUUAAGAUUCGUUCAGAUGAAGGAGAUUUUGUCGACGAGGCCAACUUCUUGAUUACCGCCACAGGCCAUUUCAGCGACCCGAAGCUCCCAGAUUAUCCGGGCAUCAAGGACUUCAAGGGGCACCUCAGACAUACCUCAAAUUGGGAUCCAAACUUCGACCCGAAAGACAAGCGUAUCGCCGUCAUUGGAAAUGGUGCUUCGGGACUUCAGGUGCUGCCGCAAUUGCAGAAAGUUGCAUCGAGUAUCGACCACUAUGCUCGAAACAAGACGUGGGUGGCAGCGCCGAUUGGAGGAGAAGAUCUUGCAGACUUUGUCGCCGACAACAUCGAAGACGCGCGAACGAGCCCAGAAAAGUACUUGAGAUUCCGAAAAGCCCUGGAAGCAAAGCUCUUUAGUCGCUUUGGUGGCAUCUUCAAAGAUGGACCGCAAAACGCAGCUGCCGAAGAGUCUAUCCGCAAACUGAUGAAGGCUCGCCUUUCCGGAAACGAUGAGCUAGCAAAAGAGAUCAUCCCAGACUUUUCCGUUGGCUGUCGUCGGCUGACACCAGGACCUGGGUAUCUGGAAGCGCUGACGGCGGACAACGUGAGGUACAUCAGGGACCACAUUGCAGAAUUCACAGAAACGGGCAUCCGUACGGUUGACGGGACUCACCGAGAAGUGGAUGCUGUCAUCUGUAGUACUGGGCAUGACAUUACUUUCAGCACUCAAUUCCCAGUCUUGUGUAAUGGGAUCGAUCUGCAGAAAGCUUGGCGGCCCGGUGGCAAGCCCGGGUUCCCUGACACAUACCUCGGCAUGCUCGCUCCAGAAGUCCCCAAUUUCUUGACAGUACUCGGACCAAAUGCCACAGGUCCAGCAGGUACCUUGUGCCAUGCUGUAGAAAACCAGCUUACGUAUGUCGCCAAAUUACUGCGCAAAGCUGCCACGCAAGGCAUCCGAAGUAUGGCAGCCACAAUUGAAGCGACUCGUGACUUCCGAGCCUACACCGAAGCUUUCUUCCCUCGUACCGUCAUGAGUGAGUCAUGCAGUUCGUGGUACAACGGAGGGAUCAAAGGUGGCAGGAUUCACGGGUUAUGGCCUGGCAGUGCUGCGCAUGUGGACUUGGUCCGGAAAGACCCACGAUGGGAAGAUUUCAGCUACACGUACAACAAUCCUCAAGGAAACAGAUUUGGAUGGUUGGGGAAUGGAUGGACGAAAAGAGAUGAGGCGGCGGCAAGUGGCGAAGCUCCUUCUGACGUAGAUCUUACGCCAUGGCUUGAAAAGGAAGCCUUCAGUGGGAAUGUUGAUCUACGAAGUUACCAUGAGAGGUGGUGGAUUAGUUGA